AUGCCUUUCAAUGCGUUGACUGUUGGCGUUGCGGUGGCACCCACUGUCCUUUCGACACUACUCUCUCAUUAUACAAAUCGCAAAGCCUACCGAAAGAAACAUGCCGCACGCAUUUCUUAUCACGAAGGCCUGGAUAUCGUUCGUCGCUUUCUCUAUUACUCUUCUCUCCAUACGGUUGAAGACCUGCAGUCGUUUACAUCGCAGAGGGUUCCUUACCCCAGAUGGAUAAACGUUGAUGCAGUUGUAAUUCCCGAGGAUCACGUCGCAGCGGCAGCCGACCUCCUUAUUAUCCAAUUGGGACCAGAUGGCCUGUCGCGGGUUGGGGGCAGCAAGUGGUGGCAGUGGCGCGGAAGUAAACGCGCUCUCCAAGGGGAGUGGAUAGAGACGGUGCGUGAUUUAGCAGCCCGGCAGCGGCAGGGUACUCAUUGCAAUCGAAUAAUGCUCUACAUUCAUGGAGGAGCAUACUAUUUUGGCAGCUUGAAUUCCCAUCGAUAUCAGAUACAGAGACAUGCAAGGAAACUGAAAGCUAGAGUUUUUGCUCGUAAGUCUAUUACCACCUUAUACCUAAGCUCGGCAUACCGGUUAGCUCCACAGUUCCCUUUCCCUUGCGGGCUGCACGAUUGCCUCGCAGCAUAUCUUUAUCUGCUAAGCAGAUACAAGUCUUCAGAAAUUAUAAUAGCUGGUGACUCUGCAGGGGCUGGAAUGGCCCUGUCCGUUUUGGUUACAAUACGCGACCAAAGACUGCCGUUACCCGCCGGAGCAAUACUAAUCUCUCCUUGGGUUGACUUAACACACUCCUUCCCAUCGGUGUCCGGGAAUGGGGACGGGGACUACAUCCCCCCUUACGGUUUCAUGCACCGCCCAUCUAAGUCAUGGCCUCCCCCUAGCGCGGAUGAGCUGGAUGAAAUCGUGAGAGUUGGACGGACUGCCCGAGCAGAAGGGCACUUACCUCCAAAUAGGACAGAGGACAGCCAAACUUCUGUCCGGCGGUCCCCUGGAUACGUGCCAUCUGUACGUAGCUGGAAAAGUUCAAUGGGACGUCGAUCGUUCUCUUCAGUUAUCGAGAGUUAUGAUAUAUUCCCUAAUCGAGCCAACUGCUUGGAGAUCGAGAUCGACGGGAAAGUCGUUGAAAUAAAAGACCAGAUCCACAUGUACACCACAAACGAGUUGCUAUCCCAUCCACUUGUUUCCCCUGUUCUCCAACCUUCCCUGGGUGGCUUACCGCCAAUGUUUGUCCUUUCAGGAGGCUCGGAGCUGCUUCGUGAUGAACAGAUUUACCUGGCUCACAAAGCUACCGAUCCACAUUCCUACCUACCAAGCGAGGAAUACCUUAACGUUCACGACCCACACCGCAAUGCUGUCAAUGGAUAUCCACCAACAUUCGUUCAGCUCCAAGUAUGGGAUGAUGUUUGCCAUGUGGCCCCUACGCUCAGUUUCACACAGCCAGCCAAAUAUAUGUUUCGAUCAAUAGCCCAAUUCGGCGCUUGGGCAUUGGCUCGAGCCCAGCAGACCGGCGUUGAAAUCCCUAACCAGGUGUCGGAAAUUUCGUCCAGAGAUGUUGACACUCCACAUUCAGCGACACAAGACCGCAUGUCACCCAGUCCAUACUCGGGUUUCACCAAGAUUGGAAAGGCUGGCGAUCCUCUCCCGCCUUUCCAGGACUACAUGAUCCGUCAACGAGUUGAUAUAGAUGGCAAUAUAUAUCCCUUGGCAGCAAGAGCUUAUCUUACCGCAUUGCAUAUAACUCCUGAAGAAAUUGGCAUCCCUAAACCGGGACCAGUCCGGAAAUGGCUGAGAGCCAAGGAGGCGUGGGAUAGCGCCUUUUCAAAGGAAAAAUCAGCCUGUCAGCAACAGAGGCUCGAGGAGAUUAUGCGGGGGAUUGGUGUAUUUCGGCUUGGAGAAUUCCCCCCACCAUGCGCAUUGGCAUCAAGGAAGGAUAUUUCUGUAGCAUAUGAAGAACAGGAACAUAAGAACCACGCGAUGUGGUUCUGGAGUCUUCUAGCAUCCAAAUAUGACACGAAGACCAUGGAGAAUGAAAGAAUUAUGAUGGGGAUGGAGUACCAGGAGGGCAAACGACCUUCUGUUAGGUCUUCUCUCCGCAAGAAACUACUACCACAUAUGAAACAGAAACGGAGAAACACCAUCCUCCAGCAAACCGUAAUGGAUCUUGGCCAAGCUACUGAAUCUAUUCCAGUCCUUGUGCUUCACCUAGGCUCAGAACGCCGGGACUUCUCAUCAACAGGGUUACCAGAUGCCAACACUGAGCCUUCUGGCCAGCCACCGGCGAUACAGCCCAUUGAAUCUCAGCCAGAACUCGCUGACUAUACUGGGUUUAUGGACGACUCUGGAGCUUCCGGACAGUCUUCACCAGAAUACACAGAUGACGCAAGCGCCGUAAAGGAUGGGAAAGGGUUCAUCUCUCCCAUCCCCACUGCUGCACGACCGGAUACGAAUUCCAAAAGUCCGCUUGAACAGAAGUCCCCAAAUGGUACCGCAUCCACUGCCUCAAUUAUCCCCAUCCAGAAUGGCAUACAGGAUAGCGGCGGCAGUCAAACCAGCGGGGAAGGUCAUGCCUUUCCACAAGUCGUUGAUCAUAGCCAGCUUCUUGCAAAACGCAAGGAAGGGAUUGAUCGCGUUGCAAGUGCGAGUGAACCAAAGGUACGGCUUUUUUUGGAAGAGAAUGGAAAACCUAAUGUAUGA